CGAGCUUCAUUCUCCCUCUGAAAACGCCAAAUACGCUUUCAAACCAAAAUGGAGGAUUUGUCGGUCGAGGUGUACGGUGAAAAUGGUGCUUAUUAUAAGGCCAUUGUCACCGACGUGCUCGACAACGAGGUUCUCGUAGCCUUUGAAAAUGACUGGCAACCGGAAUCCAAGUUUCCGUUUUCGCAAGUGUUCUUACCACCUAAGGAUACUGGUAAACACACAGAGUUCGUGGACAACCAAGAGGUCGAAGUAUUUGCGAGGUCAAAUGACAAGGAAGCAUGUGGGUGGUGGACAGCAAAUAUCAAGAUGAUAAGGGGCGAGUUCCUCGUGAUCGAGUACCUGGAGUGGGACAACUGCUACACGGAGAUCGUGCCACAUGAUCGGCUGCGCUCCAAGACUGCCAAGACGCCCAUCGACAAGAACACCUUCCACAAGUUCGAGAUCGCCGUGCCCGAGGAACUUAAGGACUACGUCCGUGUGCUCCGCAGCGCCAAGGUGGACAACACGCACAAGGAGUUCCAGAAGGCCAUCGGCGCCGCGCUGGUGUGGUACGUGCCCGAGCGCGGCGUGCUGGCCGCCAUCUCGCGCUGCGAGACGUCGCAGAAGCGCGCGCAAAUGCUGCAGGAGAUGCACUUCAGAAAUUUAACGCAAAAGCAGCUACUACUUAAAAAGACUGAAGAGGCUGCGCGGCAGCUGGAGUGCACCAGAAUACUCCACCAGGGAGGCUACACGGACGAGUUCAGCGUGCGCGAGGACCUGAUGGGGCUGGCCAUCGGCACGCACGGCGCCAACAUCCAGCAGGCGCGUAAGGUGGCCGGCAUCACCAACAUCGAGCUGGAGGAGGUGUCCUGCACCUUCAAGAUUUGCGGAGAGUCGGGCGAGGCGGUGCGCGCGGCGCGCUCGCUGCUGGAGUACGCGGAGGAGUCCAUCAAGGUGCCGCGCGCGCUGGUGGGCAAGGUCAUCGGCAAGAACGGCAAGGUCAUCCAGGAGAUCGUCGACAAGAGCGGCGUCGUGCGCGUGAAAGUGGAAGGUGAUAAUGAGCCACAACCAUCAACGCCGCGCGAGGAAGGAAUGGUGCCCUUUGUGUUCGUGGGUACGCGGGAGAACAUCGCCAAUGCGAAAGUGCUCGUCGAAUACCACGUGGCGCAUCUCAAGGAGGUGGAGCAGCUGCGCGCGGACAAGCUGGAGAUCGACCAGCAGCUGCGCGUCAUGGUGGGCAGCGGCACGUCCGCCUUCGCGCCGCCGCGCGGGGCGCCCGCGCAGCGCGCCCGCCGCGCGCGCCCGCCGCAGCAGCGCUACCCGCCCGGCGCGCGUCGAACGACGCCCGAGUUAGGCGAAGAACGAGAGCGAGGCGAUGGCUCAUACCGCGGACGCGCGCGCCCUCCGCGACCCAACAGGUCGAGCGAGCGCCGCGGCGAGGAGAGGCGCGUCCCGCUGGAGAACGGCCGUGCGCACCCGCGCCCGCCGCGGGACGCGCGCGAGCCCCGGGAGAACCGCGACGCACGGGACGCGCGGGACACGCGGGACGCGCGGGACACGCGGGACGCGCGGGACACGCGGGAGAACAGGGACGCGAGCGGCCGGCGACGUGACGACAGACGAAGGCAAACUGAUGAUGAGAGCUCCGUACUCGACAGCCAGGAUGUGUCCAGCGCCGACAGAGGUGGCGGCUGGAAGAACGGCGCGGCCGCAGCCGCCGCGCCCGCCGCGGCCGCCGCGCCCGCCGCGCCCGCCGCGCCCGGCGAGGCGCGCGCCGCCAAGCCGCGCCGCGACGCGCCCAAGCCCAAGGCCGAGCCGCUGCUCAACGGCACGGCGUAGUCCGCCGCGCCGCCCCGCCGGCCCGAGCCCGCGCCGCGCCCAGCCGCCGGCGCCUACACUUACUCGUAUUAUGCUUUUGUAAGAUUUGUGAUUUGUAUUCCUGGUUAUUCGAUAUGAAAAUUACACUCGUGUACGUCGCUCCCCGGACGAGACCGCCGCCGAGCCGCGGGCCCGGGAGCCGGUCGUGUGCUUUCCCGUGAAAUAAACACUCCUGUACAUAUUUUGAAUCGUAUUUUAUUCGUAAGAAUACUCGCCGUCGCGCCCGCGGCGGACACGCGGGCGCGGACGUACAUCGGUGAGGCGAUACAUUCGAUUUAUAAAAAUACUAUGACUAGUCGGGACGUUACAAAUACGACGACUAAAUUAUGACUAAAAAUGUUAAAUUCUCGGAUGGGAGGUCUGGGGUACAUUUAUUGUGACACUCAGAAUUAAAAACAUUAACGAGAUAUCGAUUACAAAUUAUGUACCUACUCUAUAAGAUUUCACUUAGCCUAUACGAAAUUCGAGCUAAUACAGUUUAUAACUGCAGUCGGAAUGUAAACUCCGCUGGGCAGCGUUACUACAUUUAUUUACAAGGAGCGGUCGCCUCCGAGGCGACGCGCCGUCGCCGCGACCGAGCACACGGACUAGAACCCGUGGAUUCGCGACGCGGUCCACCGCACCUGCGUAUGCUGCGGCGACGCGCCCGGCGUCAUAUGUUCCUGCCGCGGCGCGCGCGGCCUGGCGCACAGUUCAGUCAUACGGUUAGGUGCCUUAAUGUUAAAUUGUAUCGGAAACAUCUAUCAAACAAUGUAUCAAGCGAAUCCACUAUUAGGUACGAAUUGUAAAUGCAACUAGUGUAUUUUGAUAUGUUUCUACGAAUACUUGAUUUUGUUUUAACAUUUUCAUCAUUGAUUAGAUUUACGUGAGUUCGAAUUUUGGACAAUUUUGUAGAACGUUCAUAGUUUGUAGGAACGGAAUACAUAUUUUAACAGCGAAAGUUCAUUUAUUCAAACUACAAUAAAGUUGACAGUGAUAAAUUACUGACGUUUUUUUCUUUUAACACGUUAUUUGUAACAAAAAAAGUAACAGUUGUGUUGUUUCUUUCUUUCUUUUUAAGUAGAAAUAUGUCGCCUUUAUUUAUUUCUCUUUACAUAAUAAAACCGUACUCUGAUUUGUUUAGAACUAUUAUAUCUAAUAAACUUUGGAACUGA